AUGUCCAAAGUAAGGCUCUUCAUUGCCAUGUACCAUACAGGGGUUCGCCGGAAAUAUCACUGGGCCCUUAUCGUCACCGACGGUGGCUUUCCUACUUCGCGACAGAGCAUCAGAGCUUUCGAAAUCAAGCAAGUGCGUGCAGCGCGCGCCGAUGGAGUUGUAGACGCCUUUUGGCAGACUCACAAGAAUCCCGUGGUCCUAUCGAAAAGCUCGAAUUUCUUCGGUCUAGUCGCAUUCCCGCCUUUCUCUGACGGCAAGAUGACGGCGAAGGACAUGGAGGCCUUUCUCGACGAGAUCCCGGCUUAUCCAAAGACCCAAAGCGAACACAAGAUGGAUGGUACUGGAUGGACAUGCGCUCGGUGGAUCCUCGAUAUUCUGACCAGCUAUGGGAGCGCUUGGGGUCUUGAGUUCGUGGAGAGCAUGCACCGCAACGAUACGCUCUACAACGAGAUUUAUAAGCAAGCGAUCAAACUGGACCGGAGUGAGGAGGAAGAUGACGAACUUGAAGACAAGGGGAUGGAGGCAGAGUGGGCAUAUGGACGUGCAUCGGAUGGGUCUGCGGUGAAAUAUGUGUCCUUCCCGGAACAAUACAUCCAAUAG